CAGCCUUGGCGAGCGGGCAUAAGUGUCGUACAGUCAAGAAACGGUACAGGAAAAAUGUAGAAACUGUAAAGCGCCUCAUAAUAUAGUCGGUAUGUAGAAGCGUCGUGGUCGCUGCAAGGAAAAUACGACAUAACCCCUAAAAUCGAAGUCCAUGGCGGAGUGAGACCGCGCUGUAUAUAUGUAUAACGAAAGCGUGAGACAGAGACGCCGGAGGGAGGAAGCGAGAUAAAGCGUACAACAGCGAGAGAGCAGGAGAGUCGGUCGCGCGCUUGAAAGACAGAAAGAGAGCCACUCAGUAUGUGAUAUCAAUCCCGCGGCCUAAGCAUCGCAGCGUCGUCGUACGUGUGUACGUUCUGUCUGACUCGGCGGAUUUCGGCGAUACACAUACAGAACAGUUCGAAGAAAAAGCAUUGUACAUAUCAUAACUCUUCGUAGCCGCUACAAAAAACGAAAAUAAAGAAAGAUGUGGAGGCACGAGAUUACACUUUUCUGCUCCCUCUUUCUGUUGGUCGUGCUUUUGCCGGCUUGCACUUUUGCAGGAAAUGACAGCAAAUACGGGCAAACAUGCUCGAUGGAAUUUUUUGCAAUAGAGAAUUGCGGGACGAACGAGAGAUGUAAGGUGGAGGAGCAGUCCGGAGGUAAUAUAACCAAGUGCAUCUGCGUGCAGGGAUACGAAUACAAAAAUCUGUCCUGCACAAAGAUACCCACGACGACUGAGGCUCCACCUGUCAAUACCGCCGCCCCGACGGCCGCAUCGAUUUCAAGCAGUUCUGAAGGAGGCAGCUCGGUAACUGCGUUCCUGCUAGUACCAACCUGCCUGAUAAUAAUCGGCGCGCUGGGCUACUUUGGCGCAAGGCGAUACAAGUGGCUUCAACGAUUACGGCAUUUCCGACAGAAUCGCUAUGGCAACGUUUUAGUCACGAGAGACGACACUGACGACGAUGAUCCGCCGAUUGCGUAGAAUUUACAGGUGCAUUACAUCAAGAAUAUCCAUUGAUGCAUCGAGUAUGUUAGUGCAGAUUUACUUGCCUCGGAUUCGCGAGAGAGAGAGAGAGUGAGAGAAAGAUUUCUGUUUGUUUCUUUUGCCAGAAAAAGACUCCAGAGAAAAGUGUGUGCAUGUAGUGAGAUUCGACCGAUGUCACGUCGGCGUGCAAAUAUAUAUCAUUCAUAGUCAGAUAAGAUGUUUUUUGUAUAGUGAAAUGGCCAAAUGCGAAAAUGCGACUGUGGAUUGAACGAACGUCAGUUUAAAUUGUUUUUUUGAUCUGAUUGAUAUGAUGUAAUGAAUUUUUUUAAAAAGACAAUGGAAUUAGUCGGAAAAUUGUAAAAAAAACAGGGGCUAUAGAAGAAAUUGUCGUCUCAACAGUGCGACAUUUGUUAUAUUUAUGUACAUUGAAUAGCGCAUUAGUGAAUAAUGAAGUGACUAGGAACUGCAUUUAACGUAUUUCUAUGAAAAAUUGCGAUAACAUAAUUUUUUAUAUAAACUAACUGAUAGACGGGUCAGUAAAUUUCACGUAAUACAGUUAUUUAGAUUAAAGGAAAAAUAUAGUAACUGAAUCUUUAAAUACUCUUUUAUAUGGUGCCCGAGAUCACUGAUAAUUUAUAUAAAUAUUCAAUUUUUCAUAGGACGUAAGAAAGCACAGUUUCGAUUCUACCUACAGGAUACGAAACGUUUUAAUGUGAUUACCGAUAUAGUUGGUACAAUAAUAAGUCUUACCGAACAAAACUCUACAUUGGUACCGUAUCUGCAUUUUAUCUACAUAUCAUUGAUCAACUUGCUUAUAUAAAAAUGCAGAAUUCGAAUAUUUGAUCGAAUUUUUCAUAUCAACUUUCCUAACAGAUUUUUAAAACUAAUUUUGAAUAAUGUUUUUCGUUACAAUUGUUCUUGAUCGUCAAGACUUAUCAAAAGCUAAAUACAUUAGCUGAAAUAAUAGCUUUUUAUAAGCAUUUUUAUAAAGCAAAAUAAUGAAAAGUUCACUUUUAAUAUCAAUUUUUUUUAACAGUUGCCGAUUUUCAACUUUGAAUGUAUUGAACGACUUUUGUAAAUAAUUUAUUUUUAUAAUUUCUUUACAUUUUUGCCAUACUAAAUUCGUUGAUUGUAAAUUUGUAGACGAAACUAUUGAUACUAGUGCUUUGAUGAAGUCUGAAGAUUCUUUAUAUCAGCCUUCAUGUGAGAAAUACCACGGUGAAAAACUUUAUACUCUUGUCUUUCUAUAUAAAAAUAUUAAGUAAACGAAGUUACUACGGUGACGCACGAAAAUCCAGUAUCUGUUUCAUAAAUAGCCACAAUUUUAUCUAACGAAUUCUCUACAUUGUCAUCCAUAAGUGAUACUUAUCUUUGUCAUUUUGAAAAAUUUACUUACUUGUAAAAAAACUUUUAACAGAUAUUACCAGGUAGUAUAUUGAUUAUAAGUAGUAACAAUUUCUCGUUGUGCCUGAUAUUUUCUGUAUCGUGGUGCCUAUCAAAUUUUAAUGCUCAAAAAUAUAUAUUCUAAGAUGUACACAUUUUUAGCAUUAGUUACCCUUGUAUUGGUUUUCUUUGAUAUACAAAUAUUCAUAGCAGACGUAAUUUAUUGAAUAGCUGAAAAUUUAUUUUUUAUUUUUUCAGCACUUUGUUACAAUACAACUAUAGUUUUUAAUGCAUUCUUCCCAAUGGCCAAAGAAAGUAGAUUGUCAGAUAUUAAAAUAUUUAUAUUUUAUUAGCUUGAGUUAAAUAUUGAUUUUCAGUUAUGAAAUCUGCGGACUUAACCAAUUUUUAUAAUAAUUUCUAUUGUCACUUGUUUGUUAUUCACCUUAUAAAAUGUUGUAGUUACAUAUCCGACUGGAAUCACUGUUGAUGCCUUUGAUGAUAUUAAAAUUUUUAACAAUGUUUGCUCUAUUUAUUCAAAUUUCUUAAGUAUUGUAUCAUCGACAAGGCUAGAAGAAAAAUACGUCUGUUUAGAUAAUUUUUGGUUUGUAGUUUAAAAAUACUUGUAAACAUUAUCUGGAAUGUCAGCAUGACCAUAUUUUAUACAUAAUUUACCCUGUGAUGUAUAGUGUGUUUUCUUUUGAUAAUGGAUAUUAACAAUUACUUCAUCAAACUUGUAGGAAAUAAAUUGGUGCGAUAUCAGAAUAUAAAUUUAAUUCAGUUAUUCAACACCUAGACUAAAUUAUAUUUAUACUUACUAUGAUAGAUUUACUCUUCAUCAAGUAAUAUUAGUAAUAUACAUGAUAUGUCAGUACAGAAAUAGAAUUUUUUAUUUUAACUUAUAAUUUCCUCUAAAUAAAUAUAAAAAAUCUUUUCAUAUUAUGUUCAAAAGAAUCUGUUGGUUCGUGACUUGUUAAUUUUUUAUACUGAAAUGCCUUUGCAAGCCUUUCUAAAUAUUUGGUCGAAUAUUGAUUGAUAAUAAUGUACAUUUCAGUG